UUGUAUAGUCCCUGCCUUUUCAAGCAGGGCGAGCAAGUGGCCCUCGCUGGGUUGCGUUCUUGGCGGCCUCGCGCAAGAGGAUGAGCGCCACCGAGGAGUCGCAACCGGAGGCCGGCCACGGAGUCAAGCGAGCGGCCUCCCCGGAUCUUGGAUCUAGCAGCUGGGAGGCAGCUGAUUUGGGUAAUGAAGAGAGAAAACAAAAGUUCUUGAGACUUAUGGGUGCUGGAAAGAAAGAACAUACUGGUCGUCUUGUUAUUGGAGACCACAAAUCAACUUCUCAUUUCAGAACAGGGGAAGAAGACAAGAAAAUUAAUGAUGAGCUUGAGACUCAGUUUCAGCAAAGCAUGGAUAGCACCAUGUCAGGAAGAAACCGGCGGCAUUGUGGACUUGGUUUCAGUGAGCUGGAGGAAACUAAAGAACAACAGGAAGAUUCAAGAGAUUCCCUGGAGCCAGAAAGCUCGGAGGACUCUGAAAGUGAAUCUGACUCUGAGGAGGAAGAUGCUGCAGAAGAGCAGCCACCUACUGAGAAGCACACUAACGCUGAGACUCCUCAAACAAGGAAGGAUGCAAAAAGCAACUAUAAAAUGAUGUUUGUUAAAUCCAGUGGUACAUAGCUACAGACCCAAUCAGCCUCUAAGUACAGUAAGCCUUAUGGUUACAGUGCAAAGUGUUGGACUGCUUACAGUGCAGACCUUUGUAUUUUUGUUUUAGUAAGUCCCCUUUAGAAAAAGAGUAGUGUUUGCUUUCCCAACAACAUGAAAUAUUUUUAUUGGCAUGACUGUAUCUAUUUUGUUUCAUAAGUACAAAAAGAAGGGAAGGACAAAAUGUAGUUAUUCUGCUUUUACAUGAUUCUUCUGUCUCCCUCCUUAUUCCACAAUGGCUGUUGAACAUUUCUUACGCUUGUUAAAAUGAUUUAUCUAAACGACUUCAUCUGUGAUUUAUUUUUCAAAGCAGCAUUCUGUUUGGGGUUUGAAUGAUGUUCAGUUAUUAAAAAGUGAGAAUUGGU